AUGGCACCCCUCACCUUAGAGCUGUCAGAGGGGCAUGGCGCCGUGCUGUUGGUGGCAGCGGCAACAGCAAUCGUUCAUAUCGGGAUGGCCGAAGUCAACUUUCUUGAGAAUAUUUCGUUUUUCCUUGCGUUCCUCCUCGCCAGCGGCGUUGCGUACCCCUGGACAUCCACUGUUCUCGGGGUUAUCUUCCUGCUUGGCCGCAUUGUCUAUUUCCUUGGUUACUCCACGGGGAGGCCUGAGGCACGAAACUAUGGAGCAUUUUGGACGAUUGGACUUCUGGGCCUUAUGAUUAGCACCAUUGUCUUUGGUCUUCGGGUCCUUGGUGUCAUUUAA